CUAUGCUGCUACCGGUGACCACAACAGUUUGGGGGAUGGAGUAUUCGGUACACACGUGCCCGAAACGACACAAAUCAGAGGCCGAAGCGAUGUUUCCGGGCCUCGACGUUGACGACCUGCUCAUCAUCCCCACGUGCCAGAGGACCAGGAUAGACCUGGUGCAGACGGGCGAGGACGCUGACAUAGAGAAGGAUUUAUGCCUUGAGCGGUACGUUGCGUUUGCCAAGCGGGUUACCGACAGGCUAAUGGCUGAUGGGCACUGGGCGGACUACAUUGACCCGUGCUCUGGCCUAAGCAUGGUGAAUAAAGACUCACAACAAAUAUACGGCGAGGUCGACGCACUAGUGACGCUUCUAAACUAUCAAACGAUCAAUACUGGAUGUUGCAAGAUUGCGUUGCAUCCGACCUGGGGUAGUGCCAUGUACCCGGCAUCAAUCUUCACCAAGGCACCAGUGACAGCUUUGCAGCGUGCCGUGCAAGUGACAGAGGCUGAAAUUCGUGAACAUGACCCGGCUGCAUGACACGAAGGCCGAGGGACGGGGCGACUUAGGGGCAUUUAUAAACUUGAACUCGACCAGUUCCAUUUCUUCAGACAAAAAAAGUACAUUCGUAUGAUACAGUUGAAUGUAAGCCGGGAUUCCCAUCUCAUACCUUGGUACGAAACUCGUAAGAAGGUACCUUCGUACCUUCGUACAUUUUAAUUUAAGACAGGGCUUCGCCACGAAAA